AUCAGACCAGGGUAUCAUUGGUCAGUCAUAACAAACCCAAAUGACCAGUACUGACCAAGAUAAAAAGCAGACCAUAUAUCGCCCAUGCUGUGAUCCUAAUUGCUUCGAGAACGAUAAAAAAAAAAUCGGUCUGGCCUCUCAGGUGUAAGUUAAACUAACACCUAUAAUAACUCAGGAAGGAAUUCCAAAAGGAUUGAUAUACCGGCUGUCAGAGAUGAGUAAGACAUAUUUAAGUAACCACUUCCAUAAGUUAUAAUUCUUAUUUCUGCCACACGGUGGAGGAACAGCAUUCAUUUUUCUUCAAUUCUCGGUGAAACUUGGCAGAGCCCUUUGGUAAUCCAUAUUCAUUUCCAAGUGCAUGUUACAGGAUAUAGAACUAUUAGCUUACGAAUUCUGACCUAAUUGUGGUGAACCAAGUCCCUCUCUGGCACGGUUUACUCCGCCCUGGAAGUUCCAACAAACUUUGUGUUUCGGAAAAAAUAAUAAUAGCCCGCUAUAUCCAACUCUGAAUAUCUACAGGUCGACGACUUUGAAUUUACCUCAUUUGAAUAACCAUCUAGAAACAAAUUCAUUUUGGCUUCAUAACUUUGCUGGAUCUUUGGUCCGUACGAUCGGGCAAUCGGAAAACGAGAAGGGAAUGAGACUUGGGAGAAAAUCUUUCCAAUCUGACUGCCCAACAACACAGAAUUAUAUCAGGAUGAUGCCCUCAUUGCUCACCGUGCUUGUGGUUUUUUCCUACGUCAUCGGCAAUACGAAAGCCUGCUCGAUCACGGCAGAUUGGGCGCCAUGGAAUAUCACACAAAGAGCACAGCGAGCGGACAUCGUCGUCGUCGGAACGGUAGUCGGUUACUACCCCAUCUUCCAACACCACGCAUCUCCCUUGUUCUACACAGCCGAGGUCGACGUUUCCUGCGUUUUCGGCGUCCUGGCUGACGCGAGCGCCGUCGCAAGAAACAUCUUCGAUAACAAUGGCGUCGUGAACGUCGUCGGGUUCAACCCCGCCAUGGUACAGUGCCCGACCUCGCAGGUCGACAUCGCAGUCAACCAGGAAUAUAUUUUCUGGGUGAUCGGAGAAUGGAGCGGCGGGAACAUGCGACCACAGGAAAUCAACUCCCAGCCCGCCGCCAUCAUGUCCCAGACUUCCUUCCUUACCGAAUUUUCGGACACCAUGAAGUCCGGCUCCCACAUGGGUUACAGGUUAAAAUCAAGGGGGUGCGACGUCGACACUGGUGUUGACGUCGUCGACAUGUUGUCGACAACCACAACGAAAGGCGGCUUAGGAGGCAGCACCAAGGGUACGUCAAAGAUUACUCCUAAACGGGUAGUGGGAAAAGGAAGUGCAUAUCGCCUGCAACUUUGCUGGACAUCACUUUUGUUUUCAAUUUUGCUAAUCGCCGUAUUCUCUUUCUAGAGAGUAAUUAUUUUAUCAGUUUACUAUUAAGAUAUUUAUGUGAAUUUGUCGAAAAUUAUCUGAUUGCAGAACGGACUAGCUGACCUAAAAUAUUUAUCAUAUUAUCUUUGACCUAUAUGUUUGCAAAAUUGGUGAAGGCUUUCGCCUGCUAUGAUGUGUAUAGUUUUUGUAGGUAUGUAUUCAUUAUGCAUUGCUAGACUGCCCUUGUACAUUAUCAUCUUAUAUACAAUUAUACAUUGCGAUUAUGUCCAUUAACAAUCAAUUCUUCCAUCUAUGUAUUACACCUACAUUAUGUAAUUAAUUAAUUUACGUGAAUUAUGACGAAGUCCUUGCAACACAUUUAUAUCUGGGAUCAAGAAUUGUAGCCCCUUUUGGAACAACACGGAGUAACACAGUAGAGUGAUCACAGUGUAAACACUAUGUUGAAUCGCCUUUUUAACAAUGUGGAGGAUCUUCAUAUAGUCCACUAUUUGAAUCGGCGUUCUUUCCAACGGAGAGGCCUGCACUACCUAGAUCAGCGAUCUUGGAUCAUGUUGCCAUACCCCGUUGUCAGAGUUUAAAUGGUAUAUCAAUUGGGCUUGUGCCUGAUUAUAACGAUUAACAUGUAUAUAUUGUUUGUUUGAUGUAGGUUAGAUGAAUAAAUUAAAAUAAUUCCGUGAGAGAAAUACCCUUUCAAAUUGAAAUGAAUACCGUUGUUACCUCUGUACGAUUUCGUGUGAGAAUAUAAUAUCUUGAGCGCCUUUGUAUAUUAGGAAGUUAGGACGCAAAGGGCUUUCGAGGAAAAGAAAAUAUGUUGUCAAAUGUCCUUCACGACAAAGAGCAAUCAAGAAGGCUUUGUCGAUGAUUGGUUAAUCAAAACAGUAGUUCAGGACGUUGACCAAACGACAUACUUGCAAUUUUUUGUCAGCUCCAAAACUUAGGAGGAAACUACCCUUCCGGUUCACCAAUUGUCAACAAUGACCUCCCAACUCUUCGUGGAAAUUUUCAAUACAUUUACUGCGUUCUUGAAUUCGUCUUGCAUAGCGCUUCAAAAUCUCCCUAUUGUGACCGUGUUAUCUUCUCCACCUUUUCUAUCACAAGAAUUUACAAUAAGGAUUUACUUCCGAUUUAAUGGUAAGAUUAUCCAUUCUUGUCAAUUAUUUCGUCACAAGGAAGACUAUUCUAUGAAAAAAAUACUUUGUGAUAUCAUAUGAUAAUAAUUGUGAUUUUAACGCCUCUAGCGCUUCCAAAGGACUUGGGUGUAUUACUACCCUGGCUUUGGCUUGGCAGGCGUAAUUACUUACAGCGCACACGCAUUUCAAGGAAUUAAUUUGUACAGGCCAGGUACCCAUUUUACCUCACCUGGGUCGAGUGCAGCACAAUGAGGAUAAAUUUCUUGCUGAAGGAAACUACGAAAUGGUCGGGAUUAAAGGGAUUCCAGACUUGGUCAUAAAAUGUGUAAGAGGGGAGAAAUGUAAGUUAGGUAGAACGGUGAAAAGUUUGAAAGAAAUAGGACAAGGAAUAAGAAAGUUGUGGCGGUUAAAAUAUUGAUAUCCCUAUGAAUUUCAAAUCGGCAAUAGUGUAAGUAAAUUAUUAGUGGUAGGGUCAAUUUUACCCAUAGGCCACAUACUUAAUUUUCAGGAUUUUGCGGUUUUCUAUUAAUGUGACAUAAUUUUGUGUGUCCUCAUGAAAAAAAAUUGAUAAAAAUAAUUUGGAAAAAUGACAUUUUAGCCAUUUUAUGUAUUGGAGUAAAUGGAGGAUUAGUCCUUGCCUUACAUCACUAUGACAUCACCAUAUGUGUCUCCAUAAUAUGAUUGACAAUUUUUACAACCUGUUUAAAAAAUCACUACUUUCUUAAGGUUAUUCAAUAAUUUUUUAACUUUAACUUUAUCUACUCGUCUGAUUUUUAUUUAUUUUUGCUAUAAAACGUUUCAUUUGGGGUGGAUUUCCCUAUAAAUCUUUUAAAAGGAAAGGAGGUGUUAUCGCAUUAUCCCAACUCAUUGCAUAUUCAUGUCAGCACGGAUAACUGUUACACAAACUAAAAGCAAAGAUUUAAUAUUCGAAAACCUGUAAUUUCUUACUUUAUCUGAUUGUGAUUAAAAUGUCGUCUUUAUUCU